UCCAUGGAAUCCUCAUAUUCCGUGUAUAAUAUAAAGUUUGGUUCUUUUCGAGUGUUUCUUUACGAGUUUCGUUGCUUUUUAGAUGAGGAUUGAGUUUUUCUUUUCGUACGAGUCUUGUUGUACUGUCAUGGCCUUAUUAUAAGUUGAUAAUGCUCUACUGUUUUCUUAGUUGAGUUACCUGUAACCAGCAGUUCUGUACUUGAAGCAUUUGUGGUUUGUUAAGCUGAAUAUCUUGUAAUUUUUUGGAUAGCUGGCAAAGUUGGAUUCUCGUUUGUGGACAGCAUAAUGGGUGCCUGUGUAUCAACAUCAUCCCCGAGGAUUCGAGUGAGGAGGAAAUGCCAUCGUCGCCCCAAAAGGCUUUGUCGAAAGGUUCCAAGUUCUGUUCCAGGAGAAACCAAGAAAAGGAAUAGCAAUGCAGGACCCCGAGUAACAGAUAUUGCUGUUAGUGAGAUUGUUCACACAGCCACCAUGUGCAGAAGACAAGAGGUUUCUAAUCCCGCGUUGCAUCUUUCUCAGUUGCAAUGGCACCACAGCCAAAUAGAUGCUACCGUAAUUUGCCAGGAAGAAGCGUGGUUUGAUACAGUUAGUGUUUUGGAGUCGGAUUCAGACGAUGACUUUAGUAGUGUUCAUGGAGAAUUUCUCCCUCACAUUCCAAGUGGACAAGUUCUUCAGUAUGAAGCAUCAUCCUGCUUAGUGGAUAGCAAAUGUAAAUACAAAGAAUACCAUGAAAGAUAUCUAAAGAUAGAUGGCAGUAGAACAGAUAAACUUUUGAGCAAAGAUGCCAAGGAUCCAAGCGUGCUUGCAGUUAUAGGAACGCAGGGCUAUGAACUUCCGUCCUUUGGGAGGACUGAGGAGUUUGGGAACACGAGGAAGAAAACGUUAGAUUGUUCUUACGAAGGUUUUAACAGUAUAAAGUGUGACAUUAGAGACACUGUCUCGGGUCAUGAAAAAACCCAAGGGAAUGUCUUGAAGUCUGUCUUACCUAAGUUGGUAAAUUCUUUAAGUUUCAACGACAAGAUCAUUAGUGUACCGAGUCCAGGCCUUCAUUCUCAAAGAAGGCAAUCAACUAUCAUCAGGCUAUCUGUCACGAGGACAUCCAUUGAUCAAGUGGAAACAGAUGAAUAUUGUGCAUCAAAAAUGCAUCUUUUUCGUCCCAGAGCAGGACUUAUAAUUCCUCAUUGCACAGAAGAAAAACCAACUUCAGGAACUUGGUCUGCUAUCAAGCCCUCAAAUUUUACGCUUCGCAGCAGCAGCUUUUUCAGAGACAAGAAGAAAUCCCCCGCUCCAAAUACCUGUCCUUACGCUCCCAUUGGAGUUGAUUUAUUUGUGUGCCCAAGAAAGAUCAAUCACAUUGCACAACAUCUUGAGCUUCCUUCUAUAAAAGCAGAUAGGAAAAUUCCUCCAUUACUAAUAGUUAACAUUCAGCUGCCUACAUAUCCUGCUCCAAUGUUCCUCGGGGAUGCUGACGGGGAGGGUCUGAGCCUUGUAUUGUAUUUCAGACUUUCUGAAAGUUUUGAGAACGACAUCUCGCCCCAGUUUCAGGACAACAUUAAGAGACUAGUUGAAGAUGACAUGGAAAGGGUUAAAGGAUUUGCUAAAGAAUCCAUGGUUCCUUUCAGAGAAAGGUUGAAAAUUAUGGUUGGAGUGGUUAAUCCAGAAGAUCUUGUAUCAAAUUCAACUGAAAGGAAACUUUUGAAUGCAUACAAUGAAAAACCAGUGCUUUCCAGGCCACAACACAGCUUUUAUCAGGGGCCGAAUUACUUUGAGAUUGAUCUUGACAUUCAUCGCUUCGGCUAUAUAGCAAGAAAGGGUCUUGAUGCUUUCAGGGAACGGUUACGAGAGGGAAUCCUGGAUCUUGGUUUAACAAUUCAGGCACAAAAACCAGAAGAGUUGCCAGAGAAAGUUCUUUGCUGCAUCAGAUUAAACAAGAUUGACUUCAUUGAUGGAGGCCAAAUCCCAACACUCAUGAGGCAUGGGGAUGACUCUUUCUCAGAUUCAGAGUAGCAUCUUUGGGAAAAGUUAACUGUCUGCAAAAACACCUUUACCGAC